AUGUCACAUGCAGUAUGGGUCAACGACAGUGUGUUUGAGCCUGGAUGCGAGCCUGAUAAUCAGGAAGCAUGGCUGGAUCCUAAAGUGGAAAAGUAUUGCUCUGCCUUGCCUCUCGACAAAACAAAACUCAAGACAAUGAUUAUAGGAGGAAUUCCUUCUCAAUUGCGCAAAACAAUAUAUCCCAAACUGCUCAAAGUAUCGCAACUUGAAGCAUUCGAACGCGACUUUCUUCGCUCCCAAACUCGCACAUAUGGCUUGGUGAUUCCACCGGAUCCGAUUCCGCCUACUUUUGGUGGUAGAUCUCAGCAAAACACUCUUGCUUUGACUCCUGCUGGAUCAGUGGUUGUACGUCAUAUUCUAUGCAUUGUUGCUCAUGACAAUCCCAUGCUAGAAUACUGUCCUUUUCUUCCUCCACUGGUUGAACUUUUGGCUCAUCAUAUUGAUUCCGCUGAUACACUGUUGGGUUGUGUCAACUCGCUACUUCAGCUUAAUUCUUUCAAACACCCAUCUCAAUCUUCUUUGUCACAGCCAGCUAAAUCCCUUAUGCCAGGCGAAUCGAGCUCAUCUCGUCGAUGGGGAUACAUUCCCGUGCAUCACAAAGAAGCAAAACUUUUUAGUAGAGCAUUCGGCAACCUUCUUUACCAGACUGAUCGUAAACUUCAUGCACAUGUUACAGACCUUCAUUCAACAUCUCCUGAUCCAUUUUGGACGUCGUGGAUACAAAACAUGUUUAUACAUGUUUUACCUCAACCACUCCUUUGGCGAUUCUUGGACUCGUUUCUCGUUGAAGGUUAUAAAGCGUUUUUGCGUUUUGGAAUGGCCAUCUUGAUAUACCAACGCAGUGCAAUUCUUCAGAUGCAGUCGAUUUGGGAAAUCAAUCAACUGAUUACACCAGCGCUAUUCAGCGACGACGCGUUAAAGAAAUCAUCCAAACAUGCAACCAUAGCAGAUAAAAUUUGUGCGAUUGCCGCUGGAGUAUUUAUCAACUAUGCCAAUGUAAAGCGAGUGCACCAGCAUCAUGCAUCGUUGGCUGCAGUAAGUCAAGAAAGCACUGAUUCGAUAGAUGUUGUCCAAAACAGUCUAAAGUAUCAAAGGGCUCUACCAAAAUUUGUUGGUCUUGGAGUAGCCGCUGCCAUGUUUGAUCAUCAACAGCAGCAGCAGCGCGCAAGUGAGUUGGAGUAUAUGGGUUAUGAGGAAGAAACAGAUGCAGAAUCACAGGUCGAAGCAGAUACAAAAAAAUCACGACGACCAGUAUCGUGCAUGAAUACACUGGGCUCGGGCCAAAUUAUUUUCACCGAAACCAAUGAUUUGGACAAACUUGCUGUGCCAGCAAUUGACAUGUUGAGUUUACAAAAUCCACAGAUUGAUAUUGAUCUGGUUGAAGAUGCAGAUGAAAGUGAUAAUGGCUCAGACUCUGAACCACCUGCUGCGCUUAGCAUAUCUCAUGCCAAUUCACGAUCGUCAUCUCCGUCGCCUCAACCCGUCGAGCUGUUACCUGCUUCAACCAUAGCUGAUACAGAUUGCUGGGUAGCACUGUGGAGCUGGAUCCCGCCGCACAAACGCAUGGAUGCCAUUGAGUUGGUUUUUACAACAAAAGUACACGGAUACAACCUUCGUAGUCUUUAUCAUACCCUACACCGUCGAUUUCCAAUUAUUUUGGCAAUUGAAACAACCAAAGGCGAGACUUUUGGAGCAUAUUUGAGCGAUGGCAUCCCAGAUCUGCGUGAAGAACCUCAUUUUUCAGGAAAAUGGAUUGGCACUGGUGAAUCCUUUGUAUUUUCAUUGGUACCGCAUGCAAAAAUGUUUCCUUGGGUGGGGAGGUUGAACGAGACCAUGACUGGAGCAUCGUUCUUUGUAAAUGUUACACAAACGUCUUUGACCAUCGGUGGUGGCGGGUAG